UGGCCGGUGCGGGGCCCCGCGCUGACCCGGGCCGCUGCCCCGCAGCUCAGCGCCAUGAAGGGGGAGCUGGCCCAGGCCGAGCAGCUCCUGCACCAGGCCCUGCGCCGGGCGCACCAGCAGGACAACAGGCAGGCCAUCAUCUACACCUACAGCAUGAUGGGGAACGUGGCUUACAUGCAGGGACAGCUGGACAAUGCAGAAAAGCUCUACAAAGCAACUAUGAGCUAUAUGCUUGCAGGGGACACGAAGGAGGAUGACAACGCCAUCCUUGAGAUGUCCCUCAAGCUGGCCAGUAUCUAUGCUGCUCAGAAACAGCACAAAUUAGCUGUAGCUGGAUACCAGUUCUGCAUCCUGACCUUAGAGGAGAAGAUUGCCAAGCAGAAGGACUUGCCUGAGGAUGUAUUAUCAGCUGAAGAAAAGGCCAACACCCAGCUCCUGCUUGGGAUGAGCCUGGACUCCUACGCCCGCUACCUGCUGAACAUCAACGAGCUCCCAGCAGCACAGAAAAUGUAUGAGAAGGCUCUGCAGAUAUCAAAAGAUGUUCAGGGAGAGACUCAUCCACAGAGUGUGGUGCUGAUGAAUGACCUGGCCACGGUGCUGGACGCUCAGGGACGCUAUGAGGAGGCACACACCUACAGCAGGAGGGCAGCAGAGCUGGCAAGGGACACUCGGCACCCCGAGGAGUACGUGGUGCUCAAUAACCUGGCAGCAAUCCUGAUGCACAAAGAAGAUUUCCUGCAAGCAAAACAAGUGUACAAAGAAGCUCUCAAGCAGGCACAGCAGAAGGGAGAUGCUGCUUCUGUCCAGCAUAUCCAGGAGGAACUAGCUGAGCUGGCCAAGAGGAGAAAGGGCUCCAAACCCAGAUUACUGGCAGGAUCUGCAAAGGAGUGACCCCUAGAACUGACUGCACCUGGAAGAGAAAACACAGGGUCACAACAUCUGCAGAUGGAAGUCACAAAGCUUAAGCUGGAAAAACUGAGUGAAAAGGGAAGUCCUGCAUACCCAUAUCAGAGUCAC